UUGCACCUGUUUGUUUCACUGACUUACUGUUUAGGAUUGUGUCUGCCGUACCUGCAUCCAUGGCCCAGUCAAUGAUGCUGCUGUGGGGGUCUGGAUCCCCUCCAUGCUGGCGUGUUAUGAUCACUCUGGAGGAAAAGAAGCUGCAGGGCUACAAACACAAGCUGUUGUCCUUUGAGAAAGAAGAGCACAAAUCUCAGGAAGUCUUGGAAACCAACCCAAGAGCACAGCUCCCUACAUUCAAGCAUGGAGACCUCAUCGUGAAUGAGUCAUGUGCAGUAUGUUUGUACCUCGAGAACCGGUUUAAGUCUCAGGGCAGCAAACUGAUUCCUGACAGUCCCGCAGAACAAGCACUGAUGUACCAGCGCAUGAUGGAGGGUGUCCACCUCAAUGCUAAACUGGAUUCAGUGGCCUACUAUGACUUCCUUACCCCUGAAGGGGAGAGACACGACUCCGCUCUGAAGAGAAACAAGGAAGCUCUGGCCACUGAGCUUCGACUCUGGGAGGGAUACCUGCAGAAUGUGGCUGAGGGCUCAUACCUGGCGGGGCCCUUCUCCUUAGCCGACGUGAUUUUCUUUCCAAACGUCGCCUAUGCGUUUCAUUUCAAGCUGUCUGUUGAACGUUACCCCAAACUGGCCAAAUAUUACAGCCUGCUGAAGGACAGACCCAGCAUUAAAGCCAGCUGGCCCCCACAGUGGUUUCCCACUUCAAAUGGCGAUGACGCUCUGAAGGAUGUCUGAACUCUCUGCAUUCAUCUCUCAUUGUAGGUCUGUGAGGCUGUUUAGCUGCAAAGAUAGUGAAAGCAUUUCAUUUUCAUUUCGAAACACUCUUAAUUUGUCACAUGGGAAUUAUCUAAAAUCACAAGAGACAAGUCACUGAAAAUGUCUUUGUUCUUAUCUGAAAUGAAGCAAUGAUAAAGUG